CAAUGGUUUUUUAUUCGUUUUUCUUCACUCAACUGUAACAAGAACUAUCGUAGUCAUGUCUGGAAGAGGCAAAGGCGGUAAAGGACUCGGAAAAGGAGGCGCUAAGCGUCACCGUAAAGUGCUGCGCGAUAACAUCCAGGGAAUCACCAAACCCGCCAUUCGUCGUCUAGCUCGUCGCGGCGGAGUCAAGCGCAUCUCCGGUCUGAUCUACGAGGAGACCCGCGGUGUGCUGAAGGUGUUCCUGGAGAACGUGAUCCGCGACGCCGUCACUUACACCGAGCACGCCAAGAGAAAGACCGUCACCGCCAUGGACGUUGUGUACGCGCUCAAACGACAGGGACGCACCUUGUACGGCUUCGGAGGAUAAACCGCUUCAGAUCAGAGAACAAACCCAACGGCUCUUUUAAGAGCCAC